GGGGUGGGGCCAAUCCAGGUCCACUUAUGGUCUGAUUUCAGAGGGGCACGCUCAACCCUCUAUCCCAUCGCCCCUCUAUCCCUGUCUCCCCAGUCUUCCCAGAAGAACCUCCACAGCGCGCUACUGCAAGGGGCGUCCCGGCUUCCCCCAGCCGGGUCCAUGGCACGCGGUUCCGUCAGAGCGGCCAGCGGAGGGGCGCACGAAAUGGGGUCCUGAAGACAGCGAUGCCGGCUUCCCUUGGUGACUAAGGAAUGAGGCCAUCGCCGCCAUUUAUUUAUGUAUUUGUUCCUUGUUUUGUUUUUAAGUCGGUGAUGCGCCAUCAGGAAAUCAUUUCCGCUUCUGCCGCUGGUGAGGCUCUUGGAAAUGGUUCUCUUCCAGCCAAUGGAGAGGACGGGAUUCUGGCAGGGGGCUGUGCUUUUUUGAGCAACCCUGCCCCCACUCAGCCACCCAGCACACAAAAGCUGCAUAAUUAACUGUCUUAAGGAAGACUCUGACAGCUGGGAGCUGGGAAAGAAGAAAAUACCUCGGAGGCGCAGCGCCGGCGACGAUGACAGGGGACGCAGCCUCCGCGGAGCGAGGAGGGGCCAGCCGCUGACUGCGAGCCGGUCCCCACCCCGGGAAGAGCGCCCGUCCGCGCCCGCCACAUUGUCCUGGGUGACCUUCCAUGGAUGCCGACCCCCGCCCCGGCCCCCUACCGCGCACACCUUCCUCCUAAGCGCUGCAAGCCCCGGGACCGCGCUCCGAAAGGCUGGGAAUGCCGGGCUUUGUUUGCGCCUAAGCAGGAGAGGCCACAGAGGUAACCCGGACUGGCCGCGGAGAGCCUAUUCCUGCUUCAAGUCGGUCGCUUCUCCUGGCUCCCAUGGGCACCACCGAAGCCACACUCCGGAUGGAAAGUGUAGACGUGAAGGAAGAAUGGCAGGAUGAAGGUCUCCCCAGGCCCCUCCCAGAAGACACAGGGAUGGACACGCUUGGUAGCCCUGCAGAAGACACAUCCUCCCCUCCCAGCACGCUGAACUUCAACGGGGCGCAUCGCAAGCGGAAGACUCUGGUCGCGCCCGAGAUCAACAUUUCCCUGGAUCAGAGUGAGGGCUCUCUGCUGUCUGAUGACUUCUUGGACACCCCCGAUGACCUGGAUAUUAAUGUGGACGACAUUGAGACCCCUGAUGAGACCGACUCACUGGAGUUCCUGGGCAACGGCAAUGAGCUGGAGUGGGAAGACGACACCCCGGUGGCCGCGGCCAAGAACAUGCCUGGGGACAGCGCGGAUCUGUUUGGGGACGGCGCGGCGGAAGAGGGCGGGGCCACCAACGGGCGCCUGUGGCGGACGGUGAUCAUCGGGGAACAAGAGCAUCGCAUUGACCUGCGCAUGAUCCGGCCCUACAUGAGGGUGGUGACCCACGGAGGGUACUACGGUGAGGGUCUCAACGCCAUCAUUGUCUUCGCUGCCUGCUUCCUUCCGGACAGCAGCUCCCCCGACUACCACUACAUCAUGGAGAAUCUCUUCCUGUAUGUCAUCAGCAGCUUGGAACUCCUGGUGGCCGAGGACUAUAUGAUCGUGUACCUGAACGGUGCGACCCCCCGGCGGAAGAUGCCCGGCAUUGGGUGGCUCAAGAAGUGUUACCAGAUGAUUGACAGGAGGUUGAGGAAAAAUCUGAAGUCCUUAAUCAUCGUUCACCCGUCCUGGUUCAUUCGCACUGUGCUGGCCAUCUCCCGCCCUUUCAUCAGUGUCAAGUUCAUCAACAAGAUCCAGUACGUGCACAGCCUGGAGGACCUGGAGCAGCUCAUCCCCAUGGAGCACGUGCAGAUCCCAGACUGCGUGCUGCAGUAUGACGAGGAAAGGCUCAAGGCCCGGAGGGAGACGUCUGUCAUGCGGCCGCAGCCGGAAUUUGUCCUGCCCAGGUCUGAAGAGAAGCCGGAGGUGGUGCCAGAGGAGGACAGGUCUGCUCUGGUCACAGAAGAUCAGGAAACAAGCCACGACGUGGGGCAAUACACACCAAAGGUUGCUGACCCUGACCCUCGCCUGAGGCUUGGUUUGCGGGAUAUUCUCUGGGGGUUGAUCACAAAAGCAUGGCUGAUGACCCAGGAGGCCGACUUCAGUCCUAAGCAUUUCCAGAAGCUGAGCUGAUAACAAAGAGCCCCUCCCUAAAUCAAGCUCCGAUGUGAGCAAGAUCC